AUGACAGGCCCUCCUGAGCCCUGGCAUCUGUUGAACAUACCCAGCGAAAUCCGCCACCAGAUAUGGAGGCUCGUGUUUGCGGAGCACCACGUGGUGCGGACCAAGGACGAAGCCGGGUUCCAGAAGCCGGACUGCCAGGCGUGCCGGAACGACAGCCACCAAUCCGCGGCUCUGCCGGCGUGGGAGCAGGUGUUUCGGCCUCUGUUGACAUGCAAGCAGAUAUUCCGAGAGGCGCGGCACAUCUUGCUGGCCUCGUCUACUUUCUACACGGGCACGGGGGCGUUCACGACGGCGCGCGUCGCGGCCAACAACGAAGUCCGCCGCGUCGCGGUGUGGCUGCAUAUCGACGACAACAACCGCAUCGAGAGCGGCACCAUCAUGAAACUCAUCGGAUUCGAGUUCCCCAAUCUUCAACAUUUGGCCAUCCACGCCCACAUGCGCCCGCCGGAGAGCUAUGAGAACCUGUGCGACGCCAUCCCGCUGGGCGCUGCCAUCGUGCGCCUGGAGCGCGACAAACGGCACACCCAAGUCACCAUGGAAUUCGACUACGUGUGGCAUGGAGUCAUGUUCGACAGCCCCUUUCUCGGCGAGAUCACCACCCAGGACUCUCUGGAAGACCAUGAGCUGGUCGUGAGAGAUUUGAUCGAGGAUGACGCUUUUGUCGAGGCCGCCCUUGCGGAUGCCCGUGGCGUCGACGCCGAUGACGAUGACGACGACGAGCAGGCCAUGACCGCGGCUCUCUUGAGAGUCACACGAUCCCAUGAACGGCGCUGGUUCGAGAAGCUCCAUCGCAGAACAUUGGUCGCGUGA